AUGUAUAAAACAUUUACGUCAUACAAAAAGCACAUUCAUCGGCAUCAUGAAAAUUUACUUCAUCCAGUAUGUCAACAACAAGAAAAUGCCGUUAUUAAUGAUAUGGAUACAUUAGCAAUUCAGCAACCUGAUGCAACAGUUAUAUAUCCAGAUACAGCUGAUAAUAAUCAUGACAAUGUUAUAUAUGCAGAUUUUGAUGACGAUCUUGAUAAUCAAUGGAACACUCUAACAACAAAUAUUUCUAGUAAAGAUGAAAAAAUAAAUCUUCUUACAGUUCAACAACAAUUCAUCCGAUUUUUACUUGAAAUGAGAGAAAAACACAUUUUGCCUCAAACAGUGAUUCAAUCCAUUACAACACAUAUAAUCAAUUUACUAGAUAGCGUAGUUGAGCUUGUAGAAGAACAAGCAAAACAAGAAAAUAUGACUCAACAACAAUCAACAACAACUAUUUCUGUUGAUGGAAUGCGCAAAACAGUAAAACAGAUAGAACAAUCAAUUAUUCUCUCAACUCGAAAUGAAUAUCAAUUUAUACAAUCUUGUCAAAAGUUUUUCAAUUAUUCACCACCUAUAGAAAAUGUUUUAUCAUCAAAUCAUUUGAAAAAAGAAUAUUCAUAUCAUAUACCUAUACGAAACACUUUAGAGAAAAUUUUACAAAAAGAUGAAAUGAUACCACUUCUAAUUGAUAAUAUUCAACAUCAAACUUCAAUAACACAUAAUGAUCCAGAUUUAAUGUUUUCAAGACGGGACGGUGUUAAAGGUAAAAUAUUUAAAAAUCAAUCAUUUUUAAUUCAAUUAUAUGUCGAUGGCAUCGGUGUCACAAAUCCGAUAGGUCCGAAGAAGGACCAACACAAAUUGACACUUCUAUUUGUUACAUUUAACAGUCAAUUACAUUUUACAUUUACGACAAUUGCUGCUGAUAAUUUAGCAGCACAUGAAAUCGCUGGUAUGCAACAAACAUUCAGUUCCGGAUAUUUUUGUAGGAGAUGUUUAAUAACCUAUGAAAAUCGACUUAUACCAUUAACCGAUAUUCACUUCAUUCAACAAACACAUCUUCAACAUACAAAAUGUUUACAAUUACUUGAAAAUAAUCCACACAUAAAAUCAAUGUAUGGUGUUAUUGGUCCAAGUCCACUUGAUAAUUUAAUAAGUUUUGACACAACUGCUUCUCUUCCGGGCGAUGUGAUGCACGAUUAUUUCGAAGGUGUAUGUCCGAUCAUUAUCAUGGCGAUGUUAAAGGAAGCAUCAAAUUUAAAGCUGAUUACUUUUGCUGCUAUUCAAGAGAAAACAGAAAAUUUUUCUUAUGGUGAAUUAGAUGCAUCAAAUAAACCUCCUUCUAUACAAGUUAAACAUCUAAACAAUGAUCGUAUUACUGGAAGUGCAGCUCAAAAAUUCUAAAGAGAAAAGUUAUUUUCGUCGAAAACAAACGAAAAACCAACAUCAUCAUCAUCAACACCAAAUGAUACAGCAUUAUUAAUUAUAGAUGAAAAUCAACAAGAUGAUGAACAUGAAAAUCAAUCAGCAGAAGCAUCAAUAAAUGUAUCAUCUAUCGAAACUAUUAUUACAACUGAAAAUUGA